AUGGAGGGCCGGCUGGCGGAGCUUGGCGCCGAGAGGGACGCCCUGGCGGAGCGUGUGCGUGACUUGGGCAAGCAGCUGGACGGCGCGAACGCCCUUUUGUACGAUGCUGCGCGCGCGUGCGACGCACUGGGCGGGGCGGUUGGACUCUCGGCGCCCGAGGGUGACGGUGAAGUUGACGGCGCGCACGUCGCUGACCGCCUCCAGCGUGUGUCUAGAGUCGUGCAGGAGCAGGCAGAGGAGAAGGAACGUUGGUAUUUGAAAUAUCGUGAAGUGGCGUCUCGUCGUGAGAUUGAGGUUGGUUUUGCUUGUGCUGCUGGGUCGAAAUCUGUGGAGGAAUUGUUUAAUUUGUCUAGUCUGCUGGAUGCGAAUCGCGCGGAGUCGGAGGUAUUGAGGCGUUGUUUGUGUGACUUCUGGGUUGUGUUGAAUCAAGUUGCAGAGGAUAUUUGCCAUACUGUUAGGAAUUUGUUUGUGGUUUCUCGUGGUGAUGCGUGUGUGUGUAAUGUGGUUGACGUACCAUUAUCCAACUCAGGUAUUGUGGAUCUUGUCGGUUUUAGCGCGGGCCUGGCGCAGCUGCGGCGGUUUGCAGCUGCGUGGCGUACGAUUUCGCAGAGUGAGCGGGAAUCAUGUGGUCGUUACGAGAGGGUGUGCGAGUCGUUGCAGGACGUUUUUGUUGCGCUGGGUGUGGAGUCCCCUGACGUGUCAGUGGAGGCGUUGCGUGGAGCGCGGGAGGAGGCGUUGCGGGGCGUACUGACGUGGGUGAGCGACGCGGUGGUGGAGGCGCAGCCCCCGCUGUCGCGGUACGCGGAGGCCACGGCGGAUGUCCUUGGUGCCGUGGAGGCGGUAGUGCAGGGGUGCGUGGAGAGUGCUGUGGCGCGCAGUUUGGAGUUGCACCGCUUCCACGAUGCCGUGGUAGUGUCGGUGGUGGGCGAGGACGCGCAGGCGGCCGUGCGUGCUGGUGCGGACGAUGUCGCGGCGGGGGCGGAGGCGGACGAUGACCCUGUCCUCGGGAAGAUACAUCAGCUGCAGUUGUGCGUGAAAGACAUGCGGGAGUCGCUCGUGACGUCUAUCACCGGUGAUGUCGCUGGAGGCGGCGGUACCGGCACGCAGCGGCCCCCAGAUGAGCUGCCGCUUGAAAAGCGUGUGAAGGAACUGCAGGAUGAGUGUGAGAAGGCUGCGGCGGCGUUUGCGGAGCUCAGGUCUAUCUUGUGUAGCGAUACGGAGGAGAAGGCGGCCCGGGACGGCAACAGCGGUAGUGACACGGACGACCCCAACUCCAGCUCGCCCGUUUGCGGCUACGACGACCUUGUGGCGCUUGCAAGACGCUGUGUGAUGCGGGUUAGCGCUGAACGUGAGAAGAACAAGCAGCUUUGCGAGGAACUGUGUCAUGUGCUCACCACGGCGGAGGCCGUGGCAGACUCUUCCGCGAACUGUUUGCCACCGGGAGAUCAGCUGCAGCGUGCUGCUAGUGCGGACUCUGCCACUGAAUACGCUGGCACGGGCGCUGCUGUUCUCGCAUGCCAGAAGACGAGGCUGUUGAUGCCUAUAAAGGAGUUUGUGGACGCGAACGAUUCGGAUCAAACUCCCACGUGGUCUGGGCAGCGAGAGUCCCUUGAGAUUGUGCACCAGGUAAAGAACCACAUAGACUCGCGGGCAGCGGAGGUGCGGGAGUUGCGCACGGCCGUGACGACAAGUGUUGAAACGCUUGGAGGCGAAGCGUUAUCCGACAGCGCCGAUUCGCGCGUCAUCGCCAACAUGCUGCUGGACCUUGUGCGUGAGACAAGCUCCUCCAUCAGUGAGGUGCAUGCCAUCAUUGAUCCCGACGCUGCCGCCGUGCGGAGUGGUCCGCUGCGGCUGCGCGACCUCGUUGGUCGCCUUGAGGAGAAGGUGGAGGAGUGGGAGAAGGGCAUGCGGGAGGCGCGGCUGCUUGUGGACUCUGUCAUGCACAUGAACGACCCGAACUUUACCCUCGUCGCCUUGCCAGGGCGCACACUCACGCGCAAGGCGAAGCCACAGCCGGUUAUGAGCGGGAAGAUGGACGACUCCCUUUCACUCAGACGCAUGUUCCCUUCGUUGGCUGCGAACACGCUGGUGGGGCAGCCCGUGUCGGAGGGGGCCACCUCGGACGCGUCAUCCAGGCGAGCGAGCAGCGCGGUCGCCGCCUCCACAAGCAACACGGGCAACUUUGAGUUAAAUGUGAAGUUAAUCCACGACGCCGUUUUGGAAGUGCGCACUAAACUCUUUGGGAUCCGGCAGUUGACGAACGCCUGCGCCACCGCUGUCUGCCUGAUGGGCAGCGAGGAGUUGGAGUGUCAGGCACUCGACACGCUGCCGGUGCGGCUCCUGCAAAAGGCGCAGGAGGUCAGUGAAGUGAUCCAGCUGACAAAAGACGCCGUCACCGCGCUGGAUGGCGGCUACGAUAAUCCGCUAGCGGUCCCAUCGACGCUACUCGCGCGCGUGGAGCGUCUCAUUAAAGACGGGGAGGCUCUCCGCAACGAGAAUGGAACGCUGCGGCUGGAGGGAGACGCCCUGCAGAUGCAAAAGGCGUUUCUGCUGCGCGACUUUGAGGAGGUGCGGGAGAAGCACGCAUGGGAGGAGCAGCGUCUCAGCGAGGCGCACGCAAAACUCUUGGCAGAGUGCGACGAACUCCGCGGGACGAUCGACAACUGCAUGCGGGAUAUCCGGCAGCGGGACGACGCACUUGCGCAGCAACGGCAGCGGAGCGCAGGGCUUCAGGAGGAGUGCGACAGGCUACACGCCGAGUGUGAGCUGCUGCAGCGGCAGCUUGUGACGGUGCGUGCCACGCGGGACGAUCUGCAGGCGUCGGAGUUGGGCCUGCGGGAUGCAGCUGUGAUGGUGCGGCGGGCGUCCGCGUUUGUGUAUGAACGGCUCCACAAGGCCAUUGACAAGCCAACAAGGGAGCCUUCCUCUCAUACAGCAACACCAGCAGCAGCGGCACUUGCGGUAAUCCCCAUUGAGGCGUCUGCGCAAGAAGAGACUCAAGAGCACACCGUGCAGGUAUCGGUGGACCGGGACACGUCUGCUUCUGCGGCGCAAUUAUUGGCGGAGAGCGGCCGUGACCUGCGCCUUUGCGGGCAGGCUCUCCAGCAGCUUGGGCUGCGCGUACGCACCCAGACGCAGCUACGCAAUUGGGUGCUGCAGAUGUGUGAGCAGACGAAGGGUGUGGUGGUUGGUUGGGAGGCGGCCGAGCACGCACUCCUGCUUGAGGCGUUCCAUGAUGGAGUCUUGUGGCUGAACGAAAACGUGCGGACGGCGAAGGAGCGAGAUGGCACGCUUCACUCCCUGCAGAAGCGUCUUAAAGAGGAAUUGAGCAGACGCGAGGAGGAGCGCGCAGUGUGGCAGCGACGACUCCGCGAUUUGGAAGACUCGUACGCUGAACGUGGCGUCACGUUGCAGCGCUGCACGGAUUCUCUGCGGGACGGCAACGCGCAGCGGGAACUUCUGCGCGCCGAGGCAGAAAACUGGCGCCGCCACGCUGAAGCCGCAGCGGACAGGCUCGCCGCCGCGCACGCCGAAGCCUGCAAACUGCGACAGCAGCUGGAGGAGCUCCGCAGUCGUUCCGAGGAGCAAGUGGAGCGGAGCGCGGCGGCCCCAAUAGGCGGCAGCGUGGGGACUGAGUCGUGCGGCACUCAACUGGACUGGGUGCCGGUCGUUCUCGAGCUUGUGGCGGCCGUUGGCGGCGACAGGGUGGCUGAAGAGGUGCGGCUGGGGGAGCGGCUGACCGGCGCCGUGAAGUGUGCGCGGCGGCUCAGCAAGGACCGCUCACGGUGCCGGGCGCUGCUGCAGGAGGAGUUGUUGAUGAUGGGAGACGACUCCGCUGUGUCACCGCUUUCCCAGGAGCGGCAGGAUGGGGGCGAGGAGCAGCGGAUGCCGCUUGCGAAACUCAUGGCGCGGCACAAAAGCAAGCUUGAGGAGCUCUCCGCCGAGCGUGUCGCGCUGCGUGAGGCGUGGCAGGCAGCGCAGCACGACGCGUCGCAGCUCCAUCGCGCGUUGCGCGAGCGUGAGGAGAAGCACGCGCGCGACACGGAGGAGAUGGGACGCUGCAUCAGCGAUCUCCGCGCCCUGGUGCAGCGUAAGCUCGAGGCGGACGCGAGGGCGGAGGAGCAGAUGGAGAAUAUCCAGUUUGUGAUGGAUCAGCAUCUCGCUGAGAUGUGCAAGCACGCCGCGCAGGAGGCAGCGGUGACCCGCCACCUGGGCGAGCUGCGCCGGCUGCUUCGAUCGAAAACAAACAUCCAAAAGGGUGCCCGAAUGUGUUUUUAG